AUGGCAACAUUUAUCCGAAGAAUAACGAUCAGCUAUAUUUUUGUGACGUUUUUCUCUGCAGUACUAACAAGCUUCACUGAUAUUGCAAUUGCAAUCACAGAUAUUGGAUUUUUUGGACGUGUUGCAUCAUUUGGAAUCAACUAUGGCCAAGUAGGUAACAAUUUGCCGCCACCAGACAGGGUCCUUGAACUCUUCAGCAACUUUAAGAUCACGAAAACAAGAAUUUAUGACACCAACCCAUUGAUUUUGAAUGCUUUUGCUAAUUCAAACGUUGAGGUCACUGUGACAAUUGAAAACGAAAUACUAAGUCAGUUAAAUAAUCCCCAACAAGCACUUCAAUGGGUAAGUGACCAUAUCAAACCGUAUCUCCCAAACACAAAGAUCACCGGGAUUCAAGUAGGGAAUGAGUUAUACACUGAAGGUGACACCACUCUUAUUCAGUUUCUUGUGCCAGCAGUGGUUAACAUUCACUAUGCUCUAGUUCAGUUAGGCAUAGACUCUAACAUCCAUGUUUCCACACCUAGUUCCUUAGCAGUGCUUGAGCAAUCUUACCCUCCUUCAGCUGGUAGUUUCAAAAGUGAGAUUUCUGGGAUCAUGUACCAGUUUCUAAACUUUUUGUCCAACACUAAGGCACCCUUUUGGAUCAAUGCCUAUCCUUAUUUUGCUUACAAGAAUGAUCCUAAUGAGAUUUCUUUGGACUAUGUAUUAUUUAAUCCUAAUGAAGGAAUGGUUGACCCUAACACAAAGUUACACUACGACAACAUGCUUUAUGCUCAGGUAGAUGCAGUUGCAUUUGCCAUUGCUAGAUUGGGUUUUAGUGGGAUAGAGGUUAGGGUGUCUGAGACUGGGUGGCCAUCCAAAGGAGAUCCUGAUGAAGUUGGUGCCACAGUGCAGAAUGCUCAAACUUAUAACAAGAAUCUGUUGAGAAGGCAAAUGGCAAAUGAAGGGACUCCUCUUAGUCCUAGAAUGAGGUUGGAAGCAUACCUUUUUGCAUUGUUCAAUGAAGAUUUGAAGACUGGAGCAACCUCGGAAAGGAACUAUGGUCUCUUUGAACCUGAUGAAAAAAUGACUUACAAUGUGGGGCUAUCUGCUUUUGCAGCCACAUCCACUUCUUCCACUUCAAUUUCUCUUACCUCCUCUUCCACUAAGACAAAGGAUGACGUCCUUCCGUACGUUGCUGAUGCGGGGAGAAUACCUGCAAAAGGCACUCCAAUACUGAAGUCAGGUCUCGAUUCUCCGUGUUUAAUUGUGUGGAAAGACUCCCUGUCGGAUCAUGUGAGGCCGACUACUACUGCCAAGGGUGGGGACCUCACGAAUGAUAGAAGGUUUGAAGAAGUUUAUUCACAACCGAAUAGGGAUAGUUUUGAGGUUAAUAUUAGGGAGGAUGAAUACAAUGCUGAACGGUCCCAUGCAAGUGCUGAGUCGGGUGAACCUCUUCUAGAUGCGAGCCCCCUAAGAGAAAGACCUAUUUUUGCCCCAUGUUCGAUACCUGGAUAUGAAUGGGUGCAUGGUGAGGUGGCCGCCUACUUUUCUCAGUUCUAG